AUGUAUUGUAGAAGAGUAUAUUCUACAUUAAAUACAAAAUAUGAUAUAUCUACAAUUAAAAAUAUAAUAUCAACUGUAAAAGGUAAAACCAGUUUAACGGAGUCUACUAAAGAAAAUAGUCAAAAACCAUCGAUUAAAGUGCCAAGAAUAAAAACGCCCAAGGUUAUCAAGACCAAAACAAUACCAUUAUCUAUAAACUUAUUUGAAAAAUAUAAUGGAGAAUUAUAUUCUGUAAGUGAUAUCAAUAAAUGCAACAAGUUCUUCAAUGGUGCCAAUGUUACUUUUGAGAGAAGUGCUGUAAACUCAAUUGAAUUUGAAAAUCCAAUGAACACACUUUUAGAUGAUCCUAUUGAUGGAAUAGAUCAACCAAAACUUAGAAACACUAUUAAAAUACUACCAGAAAUUGCAUUUUUGGGAAGUUCAAAUGCUGGUAAAUCGAGUCUUUUAAAUGCUUUACUUACAAAGUACAAUAAAGCCAGUACUGAGUCAAUUGCUAGAACAUCCCAUAAGGCAGGAUAUACAAAAUACCUCAACUUUUUUAAUAUUUCCAACAAAUUUAGACUUGUAGAUACACCUGGUUAUGGGUAUAAUAGUACAAACGUACAAGGUGAACUUACAAGACAAUAUUUACUUAAUCGAAAAGAAUUAUUACGUUCAUAUAUUUUGAUACCUGCAAAAAAGUUACCAAACCACAGAGAUCUGAGUGUUAUGAAUUUUUUGAAUGAAAAUGGCAUCUCAUAUGAUGUGAUAUUUACAAAAAUGGAUGAGCUAAAAAAUACAGAGGAGUUAGAGAGAUCUAUAAAAGAAUUUAUAUAUGGAAGCUCGAGAGUGAAACCCAAUAUUUUCUUUGUGAAUUCAAUAACAAAUAAAUAUUGUGAGCAUCGAUACGGUUUUGAUAAAUUACGUAUGUCCAUUAUUAACAUUACAAACACAAGUAUAAAAUAA